AUCAUAUCAUUCUCUCUCUUAACCUGAUCUCGCUCUCUGUAGUCAAAGAAGACAAAAAAAAAGAAACAUUUUGUUGUUCUUCGUUAAUUUUUUUUACUCAUUAUAAUUUAUUCGUUUUAAAUAUUUGUGUCAUGAUGUUUCAAAGCGACUUUCAUAGAAAGAAGAAUUUUGCAAAUCCAAAUUUAUUUAAAAACUCUACCACACAAAAGGAGAAUACUCCAGUUGCUGCCCAACCUACACCAGCAGCCGGCCGACCUGAAGCCAAAGAGGAGAUUGUUACUAAACCCGAUCAGGAAGAAGUUCGCCCAGAACAUUUGUUCAAACAUCCUCUGCAAAACACCUGGACCUUGUGGUAUUUAGAAAAUGAUCGUACCAAAUCGUGGGAGGAUAUGCAAAAUGAAAUAACCAGCUUUGAUACUGUUGAAGAUUUCUGGAGUCUAUACAAUCACAUUAAACCUCCAUCUGAUAUCAAAGUAGGCAGCGAUUAUUCUCUAUUCAAAAAGGGCAUCCGGCCAAUGUGGGAAGAUGCUGCCAAUAAACAAGGCGGUCGUUGGGUCAUCACAUUGACUCGUUGUCCAAAACCAGAAAUGGAUAAUUUGUGGUUAGAUGUGCUUUUAUGUUUAAUUGGUGAAGCUUUCGAUCAUUCAGAUCAAAUUUGCGGUGCCGUAGUCAAUAUACGUAAUAAAAAUAAUAAAAUUUCUAUUUGGACUGCUAAUGGCAACAAUGAAGAAGCCGCUUUAGAAAUUGGCCAUAAACUGAGAGAAGCUUUGCGUUUGGGUCGUCAAAAUUUGCAAUAUCAACUGCACAAGGACACAAUGGUUAAGACGGGCUCAAAUGUUAAAUCCGUUUAUACAUUGUAAAUGAAUAUUGUUUUUGUUUGAACACACAAAAGAGGAUGGUAGUAGUCAAAACCACAACAACAAUUAUAUUGUGUUAGAAGUCAUUAUAAUAACACAACAUGUACACAGAUUUUACUACAAAAUAACCUACCCCACAUAACGUUUUAUACUUACACUAACAUUAUACCUAACUCUCCUCUUCUACAAUUCUAAUUUUACUGUUUCUGGUGUGUGCAUGUUGUGUGCUCCUUCCUAAUUAUAACAUGAUUAAUUUGCUAUUAUUAUGGACAAGCUGAAACUAAGAAAAAUAUAAAAAAAAAAUUCAACGAAAACAUUAUAGCAAAAACUCCAACUUUCACUUCAAAAGCAAACAGGAAAAUUAAAAUUUUUACAUUGCAAACCUAACAGAAAUAUUCAAUUCAAACAAAAUAAGGCAGCUUAAGUGCUGUUCAUCCUUAAUAACUGUCAAGAUUUACUGUAAAAGAAAAUUAGCAUACUUUUUUGAAAAAAAGCCGGUCUUUAGCAAAUUUUCUUUGCCGAAAAAAGAAAUAUAUUUGAAUUCCAAAAAAAAAAACAUCAUUAUUAUUUUGGUCUAACAAAUUAUGAUAACUUCUUGACAGCACUUACGCCUAAAAACAUCUAUAGUUAUAGUAUUUAAACCUGUCUAACUAACCUCUUAAAAAAACUUAAAUACUUCAAUCCUUAUUUUUUUGUCGUGUCUUUUUUUAUUUUAUAAAUUUAUAAACAAACUCUGUGUUUAAUAUGAAUAUUGAAUGAAAUUAUUAUGAUUAAUUUAAAAAUGCAAAAAAAUACACAUAAAAUUGAUCUUAAUAAAAUUUUGAAUAAAAAUAAAUAAUCGAAAAAAAUUACACAAAA